AUGCAGUGGCCUUCUCUUACAAGCACUUCAAGGUACAUCUUCCAAGACUGGCAGUUGGCCGUGUCGUGCCCAUAUGUUCCAUGGAAGGCACAGUACUUGUUGGUAUUUCUUUUGCAAAGAACUCCCUUCAAAUGCGGUGGUCUCCUUAGUCAGGGUUUGUCUUUCACUUGGGCCAAGAUUUGA